UUUCCAUUACUCAAAUUGUAUGUGAUGCACCAGCCAAAGCUUUUGUGUUAAACGUAAAAUACUUUAACGCAUAUCAUAGUUGCAACUCAUGCCUAGAAGAAGGGGAAUCCAUAAACCGAAGAAUGUUUUUUUUGGGUAUUGACGCUCAAUUGAGAACCAAUGAAUCUUUUUGCUCAAAAAGUGAUGAGUCUUAUCACAAAGGCCCUUGUCCAUUAGAAGUAUUGCCUAUCUAUAUGACUUCAGUUUUCGUUUUAGAUUACAUGCAUAAUGUUUGUCAAGGAGUAAUGAAACGAUUGUUACAUUUUUGGAAGAGUGGCCAAAAACCUGUAAGAUAUUUAAAUACUGAUCUUGAACAUCAAAUUUCUACUGAACAAGUAAAUCUUCAACCACAUUUUCCGUCGGAGUUCAGUAGAUUACCCCGAUCAUUAGAUGAGCUAGAAUUUUGGAAAGUGACUGAAUACCGUACUUUUUUGUUGUAUACAGGCCCCAUUUUAUUAAAAGGAAGGAUAAAAUCAUCCCUGUACAAUCAUUUUUUACUUUUACAUUGUGCUGUUAAACUUUUAAUAUCUGUUGAAACUUGUAUAAUCUAUAAUGACUUGGCAAAUAAUUUAUUAAGACAAUUUGUCACAGAGUAUCCUGAACAUUAUGGAAGUGAAUAUGUAACAUAUAAUGUUCAUUUUCUUAUACACAUAGCUAAUUUUGUUAAGAUUCAUGGUCCACUUGACAAGUUUAGUGCCUUUAAAUUUGAAAACUAUUUACAAAUCAUAAAAAAAACUGUUCACAAUUCUAAAUACCCUCUUCAAGGCGUAUACAACCGAAUUCUUGAACAAAAUAUCUAUUUAUAA